CGCACUUGCUGCGGGCUGGAUGCCCUCAGUCGCCCUGCCCAGGUGGUACCUCUGCGUCGACGGCGGCGGCACCGCCGUCAAGGUCGUCGUCGCCUCGGACCAAGGCCACCUCUCGAGCGCGACCGGCGGACCUUGCAACGUCAAGAGCGUCGGGCCCCAGGUCGCGCUCGCGACCAUCCUCGCCGCAACUCGCAAGGCGCUCCACCAGAUCCCCGACCUCUCGCUCCCGUACGACCACCGCCGCGAGCCGCUGUUCCCGCCAGCAGGGUUCUUCACCAGCGUCUGGCUCGCCCUCGCCGGCAUCCUGCACCAGAGCGAUAUCGACGCCUUUGCGCCUCUCGCCGGCCCAGCUUUCGGCUUCGUCCCUGGCGACCCCGCCUUGCGCAUCACCAACGAUGGUCAACUGCUCGGCGCGCCGUGCCUCGUCAUGCCGCAUGUCGACUCGGCAGUCGCUCUCGUCGCUGGAACCGGGAGUGUUGCUCUGGCGUUCGCCAAGGAGCCGUCAGGCCUCGAGCUGAGGCUGAACGGCGUCGACGGAGGGUGGGGCUAUCUUCUCGGUGACGAGGGGUCGGGCUUUGCCAUCGGCCGCAUCGCCAUUCGUCGCCUACUCGCCGCUCACGACGCCGCCACGACCGCCUCGCUCCGGAAUCCCUCCGCCGCGCCGCCGACCUUCCCUGCCCUCUUCAAGAACUUGCUCGAGAUGUUUGGCGUCGCCGACGCCGCAGAACUUGUCGACCGCACCUACGCCGACCACUCGCUCCCAACCGACGCCGUCCCGCCGAGCUUUACCUCGUCCGAGUCGAACCGCAAACUGUGGAUGGCCUCUGCCGCCCCGGUCGUCCUCACACACGCGUUUGCGUCGCCGCCCAUCAACCCGGCGAGCACUCGAGUGGCACGUUCCAUCGUCGAGGAGGCCAUCGCCCCGCUCGUCGACGCCGUCACGCGGCUCGUCGGCGAGUACAUCGACCCGAGACGGGCGCUCCUCUCACUCGGCGGCGGCAUGUGGCGCGCAGGAGGGUAUCGGGACCUUCUGGUACAGGGGCUCGAGGCGCGAGGGCUGCGGUUCGCCGAGGUGGUCGUCGUCGAGAGUGCGGCGGCAGAGGGUGCGCGAGCUUUGUGUGCGCAGGCCGCCUCAUAGACACUGUGCUCUGCAAUGAACUGUCGUCGUUGGUACCUUGCC